GGUGUGUCUUCUUUUUUCAUGGGAAAGGACAGCCAUUAAGAUCCCAGACGCAUAAACUUAGCAAAUCAAAUCUUAAUUUCCGUUUCAAUUUCUGGAGGAAUCCAUUUCAUUUCGAUUCUCUGUAAGAAUCCUUCGAUCGUGGGGAUUGAUUGAUUGGUUGUGGAAGGAAAGAAGGAAGAGAAGUUUUUGCUGUAUGUCAGUAGACUGUAUAGAGGCUUACUGCCGUGGAUUUGGAGAGCUCGCGAACCCCUUACAAUGGCCUCAGCUUCGCAAAAGGCGACGCGUACUUCUUCCUGCUGCGCCGACUCUACUCCUGUCAUCGCAGCAGUUGCUGCCUCUGCCAAUGUGGCGCUUGAAAGGACCGUCGCGGAUCGCCGCGACGAUCAGCGUCCUGCCAAACCCACCAUGCCGUUCCUGACUCAUCCUGUUGAUCCGAUUCCUGAACCUUCCACUAAUGCUUCCGCCAAAGGCACUCUCUCCUCUCUCUCACUUGUUUUGUUUGUAAAUUUCAUGAAAAUGUGAUUUUUCCGUAUGGCAGUGAUGUUAGAUCGCGUGCUCUUUUGGCUUUUUUGUUUUCCCUUCCUCAUGUUUACGAAUAAUCUUUAUUAGAAUCAAGGAUAAAUAUUGAU